AUGAUGCGCGGUCUUUCUCUAGUCAGCUUGACUCUUUUCCUCCAUUCCCAACUCGCGUACGCCGAGAAGGUCCCAGUGAAAGAAAUCGGCGACAAUUUCACCGUCGAUGGCGACAAAGUGACAUGGCCCGAUGGACCCUUCACAGGAAGCUUGACCUGCGCCGGUCCCGACAAGGUUCUUAGUCUGAGUGCUGACAAGAAGUACGGCACUUGCUGCCCACCUGGUGCUAGUCUCAAGGGAUCUGUUGAAACUGAAUGGCACUGCUGUGGCAAGGGCCAUGAUGUUACGGGAUCCAACAAUAUUGGCUUUGAGUGCUGCCUGGAAGGGUCUAUCUUCGAUGGCAAGAUAUGUAAAAGGGGGGAUACGUGCCCUAAUGGCAAGCAGAUGAUCAAUGGAAAAUGCCAGUGUCCUGAUGGACAGGAAGAGGCAGCAGACGACACUUGCAAACCUGCAAAGUGUGACUCCGGCAUUAAAACCGGAAAAUGCUACUUCUUCAAGGGAAGAUCGGGCAAUUAUUUGACCUUCAAUGCGAAUCAAUACUCCGAGACCGCUCUAAGCAAAUACAUCAGACCUGGCAAGUUCCAAUUCUGUAAAGACGAAAAAUGCACUCCUGGCCUACCUGUCAAUCCUAGCGAUGAGGUCAACAUCAAAGACCUCCACGGCACGCUGCCAGCGGCAACCGAUGCCGGACAGUGGCUUGACGGUAAACAGAAUGGUGGGCACAUCGGAAAGACACCCGACUAUUCCAAGGCCGGAAAUUUCUCAAUCACCAAAUGGCCUUGCGGAAAGUACUGUCUUACCGGCUUCGUCGAUGGGAUUACGCAGGCUUGUCCAGAUGUCAGCCCUGGCAUCAGUUUGGAUACCCGUGCAACAGACUCUUGCAUUGAGUAUGACCUUCUGGAGGUGCCCUGUGACCUCAGAGAUGAUGCCAAUAACUGCAUUUGGAAGAACGGCGAUCAAUGCUGUAAUAAAGUUGAUUGCUGCGAAACUCCGUCUUUGCGACCUACUGAGAAAACUUCGACGCUUGAUGAGAAUAAGGUGCUUGACGAGAACAAGGUGCUUGAUGAGAACGUGGUGCUUGAUGAGAACGUGUUGCUUGAUGAGAACGCCGUGCUUGAUGAGAACGCCGUGCUUGAUGAGAACGUGGUGCUUGAUGAGAACGCCGUGCUUGAUGAGAACGUGGUGCUUGAUGAGAGCAUGGUACUUUAUGAGAACAUGGCUGUCAACGAGAAUACUGUCAAGGAAGAAACCACAUUUUACCAAAGUGGCAGCUAUACGGUGGAUCAUGUUUCGCAUCAGGAAUAUCAUUCCUCGCUCUAG